GUCCCGGGAGCCGGGAGCAGGGCCACGCCGGUGCGCGGGCCGGGAGAUGACUCGGGAGUGCACACCCCACCGGGAGGCAGGCAGGGGCGGUCAGGCCGCUCUAUCCCUUUAAGAUCGUGAUCCUGCUAGCGCCGACGACGAUGCAGAGGCCUCCAUGGCUGUGAUAAGCCUGCUGUUCUUGGCAGUGAUGUAUAUUGUACACCACCCCCUGAUGGUCAGUGACCGGAUGGACCUGGACACACUAGCCAGGAGUCGGCAGAUGGAAAAGCGGCUGGGCGAGGAGAUGCGGCAGUUAGAGAGAGAGUUUGAAGACAGAAAGCGAGCGGCUGAGCAGAAGCAGAGGGCAGAGAGUUUCUGGAGAGGAGACACGUCCGGUGACCAGUUAGUGCUGGGGAAGAAAAAUGUGGGGUGGCCCUUCCAGGCCGAUGACCAGGAGGGUCCCCUGGGCUGGCUGCUGGGAAACCUGUGGAAUGCUGGCCUCUUUUGCCUUUUCCUCAUCUUUGAGCUCCUGCGACAGAACAUGCAGCAUGAACCGGCCUUUGAGUCGAGCAGCGACGAGGAGGAAGAGGAGGUGCGCGUUGUGCCUGUCACUUCUUACAACUGGCUCUCCGACUUCCCCACCCAGGACGCCCUGGAGUCCUUCUACAAACACUACAUCCAGAACGCCAUCCGGGACCUGCCCUGCACCUGUGAGUUCGUGGAGAGCUUUGUGGAUGAUCUCAUUGAGGCCUGUCGGGUCCUCAGCCGCCGGGAGGCUCACCCACAGCUGGAGGACUGCCUGGGCAUUGGAGCUGCCUUUGAGAAGUGGGGGACCCUCCAUGAAACCCAGAAAUUCGACAUCCUCGUGCCCAUCGUUCCCCCGGAGGGUGCCAUGUUCGUCCUGGAGAUGAGGGACCCAGCCCUGGGCCGCCGCUGUGGCUCUGUGCUGGUGGAGUCCGAAUGCGUGUGCAAGCGUGAGAAGCUCCUGGGGGAUGUGCUAUGCCUGGUGCACCACAGGGAUCCCUCAGUGGCCCUGGGCAAGAGUGGCAGCUCCAUCAAGGCAGCUCUCUGCACCGGCUGCCACCUGGACGUGUGCAAGACUGUGCAGUGGUUCCGGAAUAUGGUGGGCAAUGCCUGGGCCCUGGUGGCCCACAAGUAUGACUUUAAGCUCAGUCUGCCAUCGUCCACCACCUCCUGUAAGCUCAGGCUGGAUUACCGCUCGGGCCGCUUUCUGUCAAUCAGCUUGGUCCUGGGGGUGCAGCGGGAAGACACCUUGGUCUACCUGGUGAGUCAGGCCCCUGAGCAGGAACAGCUCACCAGUGUGGACUGGCCCGAGUCCUUUGCAGCCUGUGAGCACUUGUUCCUGAAGCUGGUAGGGCGCUUUGCCCCUGAGAACACCUGUCACCUCAAGUGCCUACAGAUCAUUUUGAGUCUCCAGGACCACCAGAGCUUACCCCCCGGGGCAACCCGCCCCGUCCUCACCCCCUACCACUUCAAAACGGCUCUCAUGCACCUGCUGCUGCGGCUGCCCCUGACAGACUGGCAGCACAACAUGCUGUCGCAGAGGCUCCAGGACCUUCUCUGGUUCUUGGGCCGUGGCCUCCAGCAAAGGUCCCUCCAUCAUUUCCUCAUUGGUAACAACUUCCUGCCCCUGACCAUCCCGAUCCCAAAGACAUUUCGGAAUGCCGAGCCCGUCAAUCUCUUCCAGCACCUGGUGCUGAACCCCAUGGCGCACACACAGGCAGUGGGGGAGUUCCACAGCCUUCUGACCCAGCUGAAAACUCUGCCCCGUGCCCCACUGGCUGGGGCACCUUAAUGGAAAGGCCAUUAAAAAAAUAACCCACAAAAACGGAAGAAGGUACUUCUAAUUCCUCAGGCUGCAAGAGUUUACUUUUCUACGUUUAUGAGUGGUAUAUAUGCGACCUUCACCUUGCCGGUGGGGUUGUGAUAGAGUAAGACACUCUGCCAAAUGCAUGAGUCCAUGAGGACGGACACAGCCUGCAGGGCCUAAUCCAGGGUGGGCUGAGGUCUUCUGACUUAGCUUUCGUCACGACCCAGAGAAGGUCCAGGGAAAUGGAUGUUACAGGAGGAUCUUGCUGCUAAGAAGCUAAGAUCCUGUGAAAUUGUGUUUUUGUAUCAACACUGGAAGCAAAAGAGAACCAGAGAAUACCUCCAUUCCAGCUUCCUCCUUUUUGUGAAUGGCUCCCACAUGUUCCUUGUGAACUGGGGUCCCUAUUGAAUUGUUAGCUCAAUUCCCACCCAGGGGAUGGCACUCCACCUUAUCCCAAAUACUGUGAUGGCAGCUUCUCAUACUUUAGGAUCUAAUUUUUCAGAACUUUACUGUGUUGAAAAUACAACCAACAUGCUUUCCCAUUUUCUUAAAUACCCUAUUUUCAUGACAUUAUAGUUGUUUUACAAACUGAGAAAAACCUCCAGUACUGCCCAAAUCAUUUUAACCUUGAUUCAUAAAUAUGAAGUCAAUGGUGACCUGUGCCAUAACUGAGAUAAUGUAUUUCCUAUAGUUAAUGAAAGAGUCAACAUUUGAUGAUCUUUCCAGGGCCUGGAAGCAACAUUAUAAAGCCUUUCAGGGACAUUAUAAAGAUCGAGGACAAUCUUUCUGGGGGCUCUGUAAUUAUCAAUUACUUUGCUCCUGAGGAGGAGCCACUGUGUGUUAUAUGGAAAGGUUUCGCUACCAUGUGUAGCUGGAAUUUUCUGUUCAUGCCUUUGUGUUUUCUUCAAAGAUGACAAAGGGAUUACUUGAAGUAUGUUUGUGGUUUUUGAAAAGGGGGGGUAUUACAAUCCAGGCCCUCUGCCAGGGUUGGACAGGAAGGGACUGUGAAGCAGUUCAACUCCAACAGAAUCCUGAUUCUAAGAGAUAUGGUUAGUGUAUUUUCCCCUGCUUUCAAAACGCUGAGCAUCCUGAGGAGGAACGUUAAGAAAUAGUGGUGGGUGUGGUUGUUUUGGAAAUAUUAAUGCUUUUCCUACACAGUGCUGCCAGGGAAGAUCUGUUGGGAAGGGAACCUGGCCCCACAUUCAACUUGGCCUUGGGAGGGGGCGAGAUGCUAGCUCUUAGGACUUCUGUUGUGACAUCCAUACCUUUC